UCUAGUGGGCCGACGCAUUACUGAGGUACCAUGAUCUCUCUACAAAGCAGAUAGAAUCUUGUGACGGUUAGAGUUGCCAAUGACGAUAUAUUCCCCGUAACCGUCCACACAUAUAGCACAAACUGUUCACCAUCACCAAUCAUCAUCUCAAUUAUCUUCGGUAUCUGUUGAAAACAGCUCGGUUGGAUGGGUAAGACGGUUGAUGUUUACGGAUUCCCCAAUUUAGUAUCUGCAGAUGUAGUUAAAACAGUCUUGGAGGGAUAUAUUGGUGUAGUAGGGAGUAUUGAGGCUUUAGAGGUUAGACAAAAGAAGCCAGGGGAUAGAGCUUAUGCUAGAGUCCAAUUUACAACAAAAGAUGAUAUGGAAUGUAUAUUAAACCUGGCUAACAGUAGGCAGUUAUGGUAUGGUAGAUCUUAUUUAAAGGCUUGGAAAAAGGAUAUUGAUCUUGUACAGAAGCCUAGGCAAUUUGCUUUUGAAAUGGAAGGUGCAACUCUUCAUUUUGGUUGCCAGGUGUCAAAAACGAGUUUGUCGGUGCUCUGUAAAAUGGAAAAUGCAUCGGUGAAAUUUGGAUUUCGAUUAAGAAAGUUAUACUUUGGUGUUUCGGAGUUCAUGACGAGUUACAAGCUGCAACUCUCGUAUGAAAAUAUUUGGCAAGUUCAGCUACAUUGCCCACGUGGCGUUGGUGCAAGGUUUCUUGUAAUUCAGCUAUAUGGUGCUCCACGAAUUUAUCGAAAACUUGAAGACAGCCUUUAUAACUUUAAUACGGAACUUUCUGAUGAUCAGUGGGUUAGGGCAAUAGACUUCACUCCAUCUUUUGCCAUUGGACAAUCAUCUCAUCUAUGCAUAGAACUUCCACAUGAUGUUGAACUACCAGAUCUUGGUUGCUAUUUUCCAUAUUAUGAAGAAAGUAACCAUCCAUUUAACUUGGUGACUGGUCGUAGUUUUUCUAAAAAUAUAGAGCUAGUUCCGAUUGUGGGUCCCAACGAAGGUUAUUAUAAUCUGCCGUUUAAUAUAGUUUUUAAGAUCUGCGCCUUGGUUCAACAUGGUUGCAUUCCGGGACCUGUCCUUAAUGCUGAUUUCUAUGCGUUGUUGGAUCCUCGAAGACGUGACAUUGAAUCAAUUGAAUAUGUCAUGGAGAAACUUUAUUUGUCAAAAGUUUGUUGUUAUGAUCCGGUUAGGUUAAUAAUCGAAGAAUAUCGAAAAAACAAAAGGUUAAGGUCGCCUGCUAUCUCAUUGGAGAAUGGUCUUGUAUACGUAAGGAGAGUUCAAAUUACACCAUCAAAGGUGUACUUCUGGGGGCCAGAGGUCAUUAUGUCCAAUCGGGUUCUACGCCACUAUGCAGAUUAUAUUGAUAAUUUUCUUCGUGUUUCGUUUGUUGAUGAAGAAUUAGAGAAACUUUAUUCAACAGAUUUAUCCCCAAGAGUAGGUCAUAAUGGGGUAAGCAGAACCGAAAUUUAUAGGAGAAUUUUGUCAAUUCUUAAGAAUGGGAUAGUAAUUGGCAAUAAGAAGUUUGAAUUUCUUGCUUUCUCAUCGAGCCAGUUACGGGAUAAUUCCGCAUGGAUGUUUGCAUCAACUGGAAGAGUAAAUGCUGCUGAAAUAAGAAAUUGGAUGGGUGAUUUUAGUAGCAUUAGAAAUGUUGCAAAAUAUGCUGCUAGACUUGGUCAAUGCUUUGGUUCAUCAAAAGAAAGUUUAAGUGUUGCACGGUAUGAAGUUGAAGAAAUUUCUGAUAUAAAAAUUGUAAGAAAUGAUACUACAUAUGUUUUUUCUGAUGGAAUUGGAAAAAUAUCUGCGGAACUUGCUGAAAGGGUUUCGAGAAAAUGUGGCUAUGAUUUUAUUCCAUCAGCUUUUCAAAUUCGAUAUGGCGGAUACAAAGGUGUCGUGGCUGUGGACCCUAACUCGUUCAUGAAAUUAUCCUUGAGGAAAAGCAUGUUAAAAUUUGAAUCUGACAACACAAAGUUGGAUAUUCUCGCGGUUAGCAAAUAUCAGCCGUGCUAUUUGAACCGCCAGUUCAUCACCCUUCUUUCUACCCUCGGGGUUUCUGAUCACAUCUUUGAAAAGAUGCAAAGAGAAGCAGUAUCCUUACUAGAUGCCAUUCUAGUGGAGCCAACGAAGGCAGGAGAGGCAAUAGAUUUAAUGUCACCAGGAGAAAACACCAACGUCAUGAAGGGUAUGCUUUCGUGUGGAUAUAAGCCGAAUGCUGAACCGUUUCUUUCAAUGAUGCUGCAAGUUUUUCGUGCAACAAAGUUACUAGAAUUGAGAACUAAAACGAAGAUUUUUGUUCCUAAAGGAAGAUCAAUGAUGGGAUGUUUGGAUGAAACCCGAACACUUCAAUAUGGUGAAGUUUUUGUUCAAUAUUCUAGUGCAGGAAGAAGGCCAUUGGAUGGUGAUUAUAACGGAAUUGGCUCGUAUAGGUCCCGAAUUGUUAAGGGGUAUGUGGUGGUUGCUAAAAACCCAUGUUUGCAUCCCGGUGAUGUACGGGUCUUGAAGGCUGUUAAUGUUCCAGCAUUACACCAUAUGGUGGAUUGUGUUGUUUUUCCACAGAAAGGAAAAAGGCCUCAUCCAAACGAAUGUUCAGGAAGCGAUUUGGAUGGAGAUAUAUACUUUGUCUGUUGGGACCCUGAUCUUAUUCCACCUAUCCUGCUCGAACCAAUGGAUUAUACCCCAGCUCGAUCUACGCAACUCGAUCAUGAUGUUACUAUAGAGGAAGUCGAGGAGUAUUUCACAAACUACAUAGUCAAUGACAGUUUAGGAAAAAUUUCAAAUGCCCACACAGUCUUCGCAGACCGGGAACCUACUAAAGCAAUGGCUGAACCUUGUGUAGAGCUUGCGAAGCUCUUCUCAAUUGCUGUAGACUUUCCAAAAACCGGUGUUCCAGCAGUAAUGCCCUCAAAUCUCCGGCCCAAAGAGUAUCCAGAUUUCAUGGAAAAACCGGACAAAACAACCUAUGAGUCACAAAACGUAAUUGGGAAACUGUUUCGGGAAGUAAAACACAUCGCCCCACAAAACUGCCCGGUCACUCCCUUCACAAAAGAGGUGGCUAGACAGACUUAUGAUGCUGACAUGGAAGUGAUUGGCUUUCAGGAUUACAUUGAUGAAGCAUUUGAUUUUAAGACUCGUUACGAUAACAAAUUGGGUAGUCUGAUGGAUUAUUAUGGGAUCAAGACUGAAGCGGAACUUUUAACUGGUAGUAUCAUGAAAAUGUCGAGAUCUUUUGACCGAAGGAAUGAUGCUGAAGCGGUUGGUUUAGCUGUAAAGUCAUUAAGGAAGGAAACUAGAAACUGGUUCAGUAGUGGCGGAGGAGAUAGGGAUACAGAAGAUGAUAAUGUGUAUGCAAAAGCAUCUGCAUGGUAUCAUGUCACAUACCAUCCACAGUACUGGGGCCGUUACGAUGCUGGCUAUGAUGAGGGUAAGCCACGCCAUUUUCUGAGUUUCCCAUGGUGCAUUCAUGACAAACUUAUCGAAAUCAAGAAACGUAAAGCGAGAAUCAGAAGACAUGUUGAUAUAUUAUGAUUCAUUGUCACAUUAGUUCGGCACUGCAUGUAAUCUAGUAUAAGUAUGACACCCUUUUGAAUUACCACGAGGUACUUUUUGACUCAUUUUACAUAUUCUAUGGCUUGGUUUCUUAUCAUUUUGUGUAUGCUAUAUUGUUAGUGUUGUUAUACUGUUUGAAUCUGUUUAAAUCUGAUGUAACUUUGGACUUA